GGAAAGGCACGCCGGCCGCAGCAGGAGCCCCUCGAUGGGGGUGAGCGCCCUCGGCCGCAGCCCCGACCGCAGGGGCUCCAGCAGCACCCUCGGCAUUCUGCGGCUGGACAUCAGCAAGCCGCGCAGGAGUUCCGGCUCGUCCGUCGAGUUCAGGGACCUACAGGUUGGUCCUUCUUCGCCACAGCCAUCAGUGGACCGCCUAUCGGUGUCUUUCGCUGUUGGGGGCGGAAUUGAUGACGCUUGUGACCAGCGGAGCGACCGUUCCGACACCUCGAUCAAAGGGCUGCGAGGUCUCAGUCCAUACGACAUGGCCACCGAGAGGGUGCACUUCAACAAAGACCGCAACGAAGACGAUGCGGGCGAGGAGGGUUGCGAGGAUGACGAUUAUUCUGCCAGCAUGAACGCCAUCAUCCAGCGGAGGAACUCGUCGCGGCGGCCGAGCAAGAGGAAGAGCAGGAGGCCAUCUUCUCCCUUCCCAGAUGGGGACAGCGGCCAGUCGAGGAGAAGAUCCUCUGUGUUCACAACCAGCUCUGUUGAAACUGCUGUAAGUGGUGAAGAUGGCAGUGGCACGACUCAGGAGCAGAUUUUCGAGCGUCUCAGACUGCAUAAGGAAGUGCUACAGAGCGCCAGACAACAGUCCUGGCCAAUGAGGCGGAAAAUGAAGCUCGUCCGACAAGCCAAAGGUUAUAUCCGACGUCACGAAGGAGCUCUGCAGGAACGGUUGGCCCACUCCAGGAACACGAGGGAUCUGGCUGCCAGGGCACAACUGUUGCUCUUGAAAUUUUGGCAGCAUUUGAAACGCGAGCUGGCCAACCUACUGAACUAUUUGGUUCCUUGGGAGUCGCGAAUCAAGGAAAUCGAAUCUCAUUUUGGAUCUGCAGUCGCGUCGUAUUUCACAUUCCUGCGCUGGCUCUUUUGGGUUAAUCUAAUAAUCACCAUUCUGCUCACCACGUUUGUCGCUGUCCCUGAGGUGCUGGCGGCGGACAAAAGAGACGCGUUGGACGACCGAAAGACAAUGCUGCCGGAGGAAAAGGCCAACGCGACUGAUCUGCUCGUUCUGUGGGACUUUGAGGGGGUUUUACGUUACUCGCCCAUGUUUUAUGGCUUUUAUUCGAAUCGACCUACCCAGCCCAGCGGCUACAGACUGCCGUUCGCGUACUUCAUGACCAGCCUUGCCGUCUACGUUUACAGCUUUGUCGCCACUCUGCGAAGGAUGGCCAAGAACUCUCGCAUGAGCAAACUUUCCGAGAAGGCGGAUGAAUGUGUGUUCACUUGGAAAUUACUCACCGGCUGGGACUACAUGAUUGGCAACAAGGAAACCGCGCACAACAGAACUGCUUCUAUUGUCUUAGGUUUCAAAGAAGCAUUGUUAGAGGAGCGUGAAAAAGUUAAGGACUCAAGAAACUGGAAACUGAUCGCCAUGCGGGUGAUGGUGAACAUUUUUGUGAUGCUGCUGCUCGGUGGCUCUGCGUACGCGGUCGUGGAAAUGGUCAAGCGGUCGGAGGAAGCGCACGAGAUUGAUUCGUGGUGGCGGCAGAACGAAGUGUCGGUCGUUCUCUCGUUAAUCACCUACACCUUUCCCGCUCUCUUCGAACUGCUCGGUUUCCUUGAGAAUUAUCACCCUCGGAAGCAGCUCCGCUUGCAAUUAGCCAGGAUCAUGGUGCUCAACUUGAUGAACCUCUACGCGCUCAUCCUCGCUCUCUUCGGCAAAAUUGGCAAAAUGACUGACGAGCUGCAAAUUUUGAAGCUGAACAGCACUGUGGCUACCUUUCCCACCUCGAUGCCAACUACUUUGCCCGUCACUUUUGACGCUUCUACUGUCACAUCAACGAUGGGACUAGAUACAGCAACCUUUGUAUUUGCCGCAACAAACUUUACUGCUCUUCUCUCAACGAUUUCAUCUUGUCCAACUAAGCUCAUAAAGGUGCCAGUGGCGUGUUCCACACCGACGAGUGGUGAAACGUCAACGAGCACACCUUUCUCUCCACGGGGUGGCGAAACCACAGCAGCGGCAGUUCUCCAGUUCAGCCUGCCGGCCUCGGUGCACGAGACGACCACAGAAGAGGGUCGUGAACGUGAAGAUGAGGACCCCCAGCCCUUUGCGAACUACACUGACGACGACCCCAACAAUUACAACUACUCCGCUCCACCGCAAACCAUUGCCAGGGGAACCGAAUACGGUCCAGAAGAAUACGAACCUGAUUACAGCAGCAAUUCUUCAAAUUACUAUGAUCCAUUUUCUUCAAACGUGUCUACGACGACGGUCAGCCCGAUUGUGGCGACACGCGCAAAGGUGGACGUGCAGUCGUUGCUCUCCGGCUUUUUCUCCAGCUACCUGAAAGCUCUGACCACGUACAAGUCCAUAAAGAGCACCACCCCUGCGCAGGAAAUUACCGUCCAAAACUACGACGAGCUGGAGGAAACGAGCACCGUGUCAAUGACAACCCUGCAGGAUGAAGAGUCAUCAACGUGGACCACUUCGGAGAGCAGUUUUCCCAGCGACAUGCCCGACGAGCAGAAUUACUGCUUCGAGUGGGUUUGUCCUUUUCAAGAGGCAGAAACAACUACUGGCGACGAGCGAGACACCACCGCCGCCACGAACACUUUCGAGCUCGCACAAGCUGAAAACGAGCCCGAUUUGAAAGGCGAAACUCCGACGACAAGCACUGAAAGCGAUUUCGGAUGUGAAGAGUACUCAACUCUGACGCCUGGGAGCGAUUCCAGACGUCCAUCAGACCUCCAGAUGCGCCGGGACCUGCGGCGUCUGUGCUGGGAGACCAUGUUUGGCCAGGAGCUGGUCAAGCUGACAGUGAUGGACCUGGUGAUGACAGUUCUUACUGUGCUCCUGAUUGAUUUCUUCCGUGCUCUAUUCGUCCGCUUUAUGAACAACUGCUGGUGCUGGGACUUGGAAAAACAGUUCCCUCAAUACGGGGACUUCAAGAUAGCUGAAAAUAUUCUGCAGCUGGUGCACAAUCAGGGCAUGGUUUGGAUGGGCAUGUUUUUCUCGCCUGGUUUGCCUGCUCUGAACAUUUUCAAACUGGUCGUGAUUUUCUACCUGAGAUCUUGGGCCGUGCUGACCUGCAACGUGCCACAUGAGGUGCUCUUCAGGGCCUCCAGGUCCAACAAUUUCUACCUGGCACUGCUGCUGACGAUGCUCUUCCUUUGCGUUCUGCCAGUCAGCUUCGCCAUCGUCUGGCUUGAGCCAUCCUGGCACUGUGGUCCUUUCUCUCAGUAUCAUCGUAUUUUCCAUAUUCUCACCGAGAGCAUCAGAUCAGCCACACCAAACAAACUGCACUUGGUCUUGGAUUACGUGGCCUCUCCAGGCAUAGUGAUACCGCUCCUUGUGCUCCUGGUACUCAUCAUUUACUACCUGAUGUCCCUGACGAGUGCCUUGCGCGAGGCAAACGUGGAUCUCAAAGUGCAGCUGCGCCGCGAGCGUACAGAGGAGCGUCGCAAAAUGUUCCAGAUGGUUGACCGCAAAGGCGAAGGUGUGGCUGCGAACGGGGGAAACGACGCGCUGCUCUCGCGGUGGCGCAAAAUUCUCCCCACCAUCCCUAAGCAGGGCAACCCUUUCGUGGCCGCCGCAGCAGCCGCUGCUGCGGCAAAUAAACCCGAGGUGAAGGAGCAAAAUUUGUUGAAUGGAGGCGCCAACAAGCAAAGUACUCCAGAAAAAUUGUCAAAAUUGACAGAAAAGCAGAGCAAAAUACUGCGUUCUGCUCGGCGUGCAGCAGCAGCUCGCACUGUGUCGGAGGACCAGGACAGCCAUGCCGAAGGCACGGACGCUGAGCAGCAAGACUCCCUUCCUGAUGACUCUCAAGCCGCCGCAGGAGGAGCAAGGGCACCCUUGAAACACCAAUCGACAAUCAAGUCAACUGCUUCGACUACAUCGUCGACAAAUCGGGCCGAAAUUCCUGUUAUCACUAUCAGUAAAACAGAAAGUCAGGACAGACUGCUGGACGCUGCUGCUGAGCCGGACAAGAGCGUUGCCCCAGGAGAGAAAUCAAUUAAGGUGGACCUUAACAAUGAAGAUAUUGACACUAAUGAUGGAUCUGCUAAUUAAUAGACAUUAUUUAACUCGAAGAUAAAACUUAACAUUAAUCUUUUUGUAACGUUCAAUGGUGGAAUUAUAAUAAUAUUUAGCUUUAAAUUAAGGUCACGAUUCUUAAAGAUAGAAAAUAGUUAUUGUUGGAAAUGGGUCCAAAAAUAGUGUUCCUUCUGCUUUUUGUUCAGCACUUAUAAUGUUAAAAAAGUUUUCUAUUCUUAUUAUACGUGUUGGCUUCCAUUGCAUUGUUAUGCUCAUUCUUAUAAAUGUGCACUUGAUGGUAGCAACAUAUUAGAAUUGCAAGGACCAAGCUGCUUACUCUCGCCCACUUAAUUCACUCGCGCUAUUGAUGAUGUUUAUACAUAUUAUGUCACUGCGUGUAAUUGAAAAAUGCUCGUGUACGUACAUGUUGCAUGCGUUGUUUCCAUUCUGUUGUCAGGCGAGCACAAUGUCAGCGAAAGCAAAAGUUAAAAGGGCAGAUGCAUCAUGGUUCAAAAGAGAACACAUGUGCACGCAAUGAACAAAAAGAAGAGGAAGACAAUGGCCGCCUUGUGUGCCGCCGAGAACGUGGGAAAGAAAUGUGUUAGCGGAGAUCGAGAUAAAAUUCUAGUGAAUCUCUUUUCUUUUUUCAUUAUGUCAUUGUAAAAAUUAAUUUAGUUUUUUCUUUGGUAUUAAAAUUUUUUAAUUAGAAA